UCCAAGCGCUGCGGCAGUGCUCCCCGGGCCACCAGUACUCAGCCCCCAGCAGCGAUUUCUCCCUAGACUCAAUAUUCCCUUCUUCCUCGGUUUCUGAGCAUCCUCGUCCUUCAUCGAUAAAGUUAUUGGAGGUGGAGUCGCAGCAUGGCGGCUCGAGGACACACCACCGCGGCCCAUGACUCCGCAGAAGAGCUGCGGAGGAGAAAUGUGUCAACACAAUCCACCACACCAGCUGUCGCACAGGCUCCGGUUGCUGAGAAAAGCAAAGAGAAGCCUUUCGACAUCAUCACGUUCCUCGACGAAUCCGAAUGGAUCUGGGCUCCUCUAAUCUUCACGGCAUUAGCUUUCUUCACCCGGAUGUGGAAGAUUGGAUUGUCGCCAAUAGUAACCUGGGAUGAGGCACACUUUGGCAAAUUUGGCUCGCAUUACCUCAAGCGCGAAUUCUACUUCGAUGUCCACCCUCCGCUGGGUAAAAUGCUCGUCGGACUCUCUGGAUACCUCGCAGGUUAUAACGGCUCGUUCGAAUUCAAGUCCGGCGAGACUUAUCCCCCGGAGCUCAACUAUACCUUUAUGCGCUUGUUCAAUUCAGCAUUUGGUGCGGUCUGCGUUCCUUUGGCAUACUAUACAGCAAAGGCAUUGAACUUCCGGAGACCAACUGUUUGGCUUGUUACGCUCAUGGUCCUUUUCGAAAAUUCCUACACUACGAUCAGCCGGUUUAUCCUGCUCGACUCCAUGCUGCUCUGCUUCACCUUUACAACUGUGCUGUGCUGGGCAAAGUUCCACCGUCUCCAGCAUGAUCCUUUCUCUCCCGAAUGGGGUUUCUGGCUGAUGAUGACCGGCGUGUCCAUUGGCUGCGUAUGUAGCGUGAAGUGGGUCGGCUUCUUCUGCACCGCCCUGGUAGGCUUGUACACCAUCGAGGAUCUGUGGCGCAAGUUCGGUGACUUGAAGAUGCCGAAGGUUGAGCUUGCUACCCACUUUGCUUUCCGCGUUUUCGCCCUGAUUCUCAUCCCUAUCGCUGUCUACAUGUUUUCGUUUUUCCUACACUUUUUGAUCCUGGAGAACAGUGGCCCUGGCGACGCCCAGAUGAGCUCUCUUUUCCAGGCCAACCUACGAGGCACCAACGUCGGCAAGGAUAGUCCGCUUGAGAUUGCCUAUGGCUCACGCGCGACCAUUAAGAAUAUGGGCUACGGUGGUGGAUUGCUGCAUUCCCAUCACCAAACUUAUCCCGAGGGCUCUACGCAGCAGCAGGUUACCUGUUAUCACCAUAAGGACGCUAACAAUGACUGGUUUUUCUACCCCAAUCGCGGAGAUGCGGAAUACAAGCCGGACGAAGAGCCCCGCUUCCCGGGCAAUGGCGACACAAUUCGUUUGAUCCAUGCGCAGACAGGCCGCAACUUGCACUCCCAUCAAGUCGCUGCUCCCAUCACCAAGUCUGAUUGGGAAGUAUCUUGCUAUGGCAACGUGACCGUCGGCGACACCAAGGACCACUGGAUUGUCGAAGUUGUCCGUGAUGCGGCUUCGAGAGACAGGUCCAGAAUCAGGACUCUUACCACUGCGUUCAGGUUAAGACAUGCCGAUCUCGGCUGCUACCUACGCGCGGGAAAUACCAACCUUCCUCAAUGGGGUUUCAAGCAGAUUGAGGUUACUUGCGUAAAAGAGAACAAGCCACGCGAUGUCUACACGCACUGGAAUGUGGAGAGCCAUUGGAACGACAAACUUCCUCCCGGCGAUCCGGGCUCGUACAAGUCUCCCUUCUUCCAGGAUUUCAUCCAUCUCAACGUCGCUAUGAUGACCUCAAAUAAUGCUCUUGUCCCUGACCCUGACAAGCAAGACGACCUGGCUUCGAAAUUCUGGCAAUGGCCCAUUCUCCAUGUUGGUCUGCGGAUGUGCAGCUGGGAUGAUAAGAUCGUCAAAUACUUCCUUCUGGGUAACCCAAUCGUGUACUGGGGCAGCACCGUCAGCCUGGGCGUCUUUGUGUUGAUCGUUGCCUGGUACGUUGUUCGCUGGCAACGUGGUUACGAAGACUUGAAGCCUGCCGAGAUCGACCAAAUCCAUUAUGCAGGCGUUUAUCCCGUCAUCGGCUGGGUCCUGCAUUAUCUUCCUUUCAUCGCCAUGGGCCGCGUCACCUACGUCCACCACUACUAUCCCGCGCUAUACUUCGCCAUCCUUACCUUGGGCUUCUGCCUAGACUGGGGAACGCGCAAGCUCAACAAGCAGGUCAAUUGGAUGCUAUUCGGCGCCUUGUAUGUGAUCACCAUUGGGCUCUUCUGGCUGUUUAGGGCGAUUUGCUUCGGUAUGGUGGGCCCCAGCUCGCAGUGGAAACACUUGAAGUGGUUCAGCACGUGGCGCAUCACGGAUUGAGGGGUCGUUGAUUCGAAAGAUUGGUGAAGUUCCUUUGUUUUGAUUGCGGAGUCCAGAUGCGGACAUCGGGUGAUGCACGGA